AUGUCAGAUAUGGAUCAUACAUUCCUUACAAGACAAACUAAACAGAAGAGUUCGUUCGAACAGAAGUAUCUCGAACGCUUUGGCGGAACGAGCGAAAAUUCUCUUGCACUUCCAUCGUUAUCUCCACAAUUAAUUAAGAAAAAGCAAGAAAUGGAAAAGACGAAUGCCGAACUGGAAGAAGCAAGAACAAAGUUCGAAGCUUGGAAGACAAAUUUCCAAAGAAAGAAGAAAGAAUUAGAUGAAAAACAACAUACUCUUGAUAUUCAAAAGGCAAAUCUCCGUACUUUUACUGAACACCAUAGUGGUGAAUUAGAAAAGGCAAGACGUCGUGAAGAAGAAGAAAAACAGAGAGCAAAAGAGAUUGAAGCUGAGUUAGAGCAAUUAGCUGUUGAAGAAGAAGAACUCAAGAAGCAAAAUGAUGAAUUAAAGGCUAAAUUAGAGCAAUUGCAGCCUUGUGCAGAUUAUUUACAGGCUGUUGCCAAUAAAUCACGUAAUUUCGAGAAUGUAGAAGCUAUACUUAACAGACAUCAAUCUUUGGCAGCUACUCGCCAAGAAUAUGUUGAAAAAUUCCAAGAAUUAAUGUCUAGAUUUGGUACAGAAGAGCAGGAGCUCAAUAAAGAGCUGGAAACCAAACGAGCUUUGUUAAUUGACCGUACUAUGCAGCUUAAUGAUGGUCUUGCAAGAGUUAAUCAAGCAAAGAAAUUAAAUCAAUAUAAUAAGACAUCAUUAUACAAAGAUAUACAGAGAGUCGAAGCCAAGAAUACAGAACUUGCAGAAAUUAAGUCUGCAAUUCAAACAAUUUACAACAGAGCUUUAGAAAAAUCAAAUCAAGCAUCUCAGCAUUCUAAAACAGAAAAAGCUCCUUCAAUUGAAUCUAUGCUUCAAUUUAUUGAGAACAGAUUUAAAGAUCUCAGCGGAAUCCUUAAUGAUCCUAAUAUUGAAUACAUCACUGCUGCUCCUCGAAGAGGCAUUGUAAUCCAACAAGCUGUUUAA